UGCAGCGCUGGGGCCACGGUCCGGAGCCGGCUGCAGCGCCUUGGACAGCAGCAGCGGCCAGGCUGAGGCGGACCGUGGAAAAGAAAAUGACUUCUGCUGAGAUGCUACCAUCGAGUACCAACACUGAGAAAAUCAAAUCUGUUCAACUGCCUUCCUGUGCAAAUCCUGGCAAUCCUGUGUUUUCCUGUAUGUUGGACCCAAAGACACUCACUACCAAUAAUUUCUUGACAAACCCUCAGCUUUUACUGUUUAAAACAACUUCAAGUGAAUAUGGUGCUAUACCACCUACGUCUCAAAUGGUACCAUGUACCUACCAUCCAAAGGAUGAAACAUUUACAAAACAUUUGUUAACUUGUGGUUUGACUCAACAUAAUUAUAUAAACACUGCCAUUGACAGAAGUAGGGUAUAUGACUACCCAAAUAUGCAGCAUACUCUGUAAAAUUGUACUAUCUUACUUUUCUCACAUAUUUACUGAAAGGACUAGUCAUUUUAGCUUUGGGAAAACAAAAUGCAGGCUUGUUAUUUUUGUUGUCCAUUUUGGGAGUAAAGUGUCAAUACAUAUUACAGUAAAACACUUUUUUACUACAAGGAUCAAAAAGGAUUUUAAGUGAGUAUUUUUUAAUAAAUUUCUGUCCAUCAACCCAUACAGGAAUAAAGUAUAUGUCUUGAAAUGAAUGUGUUAAA